UCUAAGUAAGGUCUACAACUUUCAUAUAUUUUAAGAUAAUAUAGAUAUCGUAUUAUAAUCAAACAAAAAGAGUGAAUAAUGUCAACAAAAAUUUAAAAAGUCAACAAGUCCACAGAACACAGAGAUAUACCGGAAUAAACCGUUUCGGUUUAAGAUUAUCGGUUCUAAUUAUGGCUUUCCUUGGAGAAAACAGAGUCCUCCUCCAAUCUGUGAAGAAAGAAAGAUGGAGAAGAAGAAGCAGAGAUCAGAGGUUUCGUCAACGGAAGCUGUUCUUCUCGGAGCUCUAGCUCCAGGCGUCAAUGCUUCGACAUGGAACACUCUCAAAUUAUCGUUUCUUAUGCUGGGUCUCUGUCUCACUUUCAUGCUCUCCAUAGCUUUCACAAGUGGGCAAUCCAUGUUGCUUGUUCAUGUUGGCUUCCUCAUCGUAAUCGCUUCUUCUCUCUUCGUCCUCCUCAACUGGUAUAUCAUCCAGGGCCGGCUCACUAGGGGGACAAGCGGUGCUAAGCCCUGUGCCCCUCCCAGUAUAAUAAUAAUUAAAUGUUUCUUGCUCAGACAGACAGGGUUAGUACCAGUGGAGACACAGAUGCAAGAGUUGAACUUGGCACCUACAGAUAAAACCAAAUGAUCAAGCACCAAGUUAUCCUUUCUAGUUACUCAGACGCAGACACAAAGUCAACAUGAAAAUUCCAGUUUCUCUUUGAAGUAGACAAUAGGAUUUUGCUUUCUUCUUCUUGUUUUGUUUUCUUUAUUUGGCUUGAGGAAGCAGAAGCACAAACAGCAAGGGAACUGAGACAAGACCUCCAUCUUGAUCCUUUUCUUGGUUUCACUUUAUUUACUUCCUCAUCCCAUGUAGAUGAUUAUCACUUAUACUAGUCUCUCUUUGAACUGGUUUCAAUGCUGAUCUAAUUCGAUUCAUUCCUCAAGAACACAAAAGAAGUUAAUGGAUUUAAAGCUUUUGAAGUUUC